CUUCCCGUGAUGCUUAGCGAACCCAAAUUGAACGCUCGGCUAAAGAAAACAUUUGUAUUUUGCAUGCUCUGUUUUUAAGAGUAAAGCGCAUAAAAUAGAAAUUUCAACUGGAAUUGGCGCCGUUAAGAAAAACUUUAUCAACGGCGCUCAACGGGAAGAGUUUAUCGGGGCAUCAUGGAUCAGGACUAUGAGUGCAGGCUGCUCAGACAGAUCAACAUCCAAAAUGAGAACGCAAGCCCCAUAAAAGCUGUAGGAGCUGUGCGAGCUCUGACACCCACCAGCUCCCCCCUGUCCUCCCCUAGCAAGCAUGGUGAUCGCUUUAUUCCCUCCCGGGCUGGAGCCAACUGGAGUGUUAACUUCCACCGCAUCAAUGAAAUUGAAAAGUCACACAAUCAAAACAGGAAAACCAAAGAUGGCACAACAGACAGCAACAAAGCGGAUGGUCUGGCUUACUCAGCUCUGCUGAAGAACGAGCUACUAGGAGCGGGCAUCGAGAAAGUCCAGGACCCCCAGUCAGAGGACCGCCGUCUGCAGCCAUCCACUCCUGCCAAGAGGAGCCUUUUUAGUUAUUCUGUAAGUGCUAAGAGGGCUCUGCCAGAAGAGGAUGGGAACACAGUCUCUCCAUAUUCUCUGUCACCUGUCAGUAGCAACAGCCAGAAACUGCUGCGGUCGCCAAGGAAACCUACGCGCAAAAUAUCCAAAAUUCCCUUUAAAGUUCUGGAUGCUCCAGAGCUUCAGGAUGACUUCUACCUCAACCUAGUGGACUGGUCCUCUCUGAAUGUGCUCAGUGUUGGACUGGGCACCUGUGUCUACCUGUGGAGUGCCUGCACCAGCCAGGUGACACGACUAUGUGACCUUUCUGUCGAAGGAGAUUCUGUAACAUCAGUGGGCUGGUCAGAGAGGGGUAACCUGGUGGCGGUGGGGACUCAUAAAGGCUAUGUACAGAUCUGGGAUGCAGCAGCAGGGAAGAAGCUCUCUGUACUAGAAGGACACACAGCCAGAGUGGGCGCGUUGGCAUGGAAUGCCGACCAGCUGUCGUCUGGGAGCCGCGAUCGGGUGAUCCUGCAGCGCGACAUCAGAGCCCCACCUCUCCAGUCUGAACGCCGUCUCCAAGGACACAGACAGGAAGUCUGCGGGCUCAAGUGGAGCACAGACCACCAGCUGCUAGCCUCGGGUGGAAAUGACAACAAGUUACUUGUGUGGAACCACUCGAGCGUCCUCCCGGUGCAGCAGUACACAGAGCACUUGGCUGCAGUGAAGGCCAUCGCCUGGUCUCCCCACCAGCAUGGCCUGCUGGCCUCCGGAGGCGGCACCGCCGACCGCUGCAUCCGCUUCUGGAACACUCUGACCGGCCAGCCCUUACAGUGCACAGACACCGGCUCUCAGGUCUGCAACCUGGCCUGGUCCAAACACACUAACGAACUGGUCAGCACACAUGGUUAUUCCCAGAACCAAAUCCUGGUGUGGAAGUAUCCCUCCCUUACUCAAGUGGCCAAACUUACUGGACAUUCCUACAGAGUACUCUACCUGGCCAUGUCCCCCGACGGAGAGGCCAUUGUGACGGGAGCUGGAGAUGAAACACUUCGGUUCUGGAACGUCUUUAGCAAGAUGAGGUCCACUAAGGAAUCAGUGUCAGUGCUGAACCUCUUCACCAGGAUCCGGUAGUAAGCACACCUCUGUACUACGAGGGAAUAAAGCUGAGAAGGAAAUUUAUCUUUGCAUGUACCAAGCUGUAAAUGGGCCCCUUCUUUGAGUAUUCACCUCAGUAGUCUACAGAGGGCCCCCUCGAUUGCCCUUAGUUAUUUAGCCAAGUUGUAGCUGGAAGUGGGAGGGAGCUGGAGAGGUGCACAGCCUGAGUGUCGAGGGCAGAGGAGAAACAUACAUACGUUCGUACAGUAUUCCACUUCCUCUUGAAUGAUGGAGCCACUGCCUCCGCCAACAGACCAGUGAUCUCUAAUGACGAGAAUUUUGGGGGGUGUUUCUCUCCCCGUGUGAUUAUGUUUUGUUUACAGAUUGACGUUGUGCUUACCUGCCAAAUAUUGAGUUUGUCCUUUUGAUUGUCUAUUUAUUUUAUUUAGGUUUUGUUUUGUUUGUUUUUUUCCCCCCCAUUUUUUUAACAUAUAUUCUUACUAGUGUGUUUGUUUCAAAGGCUGGUAGAUUUCCUUUUAUGUCUUUAUGUCUUAUCUGUGGAGUUUGGCUUUGUUCAGGAUUGCAGAAAAAUCAAAAAGUUUGGCUUUUUAUUUUACUGAGAGGUAAUAAUGUUUCAUGCACACUGAUAACAGAUUACAUAAUCCUGUGCCGUUUCGAGAACUGUUAAUGUUUAACAAGGAUUGGAUGAAUGGGCCUGAUCUCCUUUUUAAAAUCUGAUAUUAAGUUAAUUUUAAUAUAAUGGAAAAAAAAGUCUUGUAAUAGCAUACGGCACAUCUUAAAAGAAAAUAACCAUUUGGUCACAAUUUACAUUAGAACAAUGACUUACAAAAGUAAUUCACAUGAAAAUUAGAAGAUUUUAAUGUGAUUUAUUGUGUGGAAGCUUUUCACUCGUCUUGUUUCUCUACUUAAAUGGAAAAUCGGGCAAUGAAAGUUAAAAUGAAAACACUUUGGCUUAUCAGUGUAGUUUGUAACAGCAACUAAAGCAGACAGUUUAAAACAUUUGGGAUUAAAUCAGUGAAACGCUGUUCUGUGCAGAGCUUCUGCUUUGUGCUGUGUCUGCUAAGAUAUUCAAGCUUGGGGCGUUUGUCUUUUGCUACUUCAGACAGUAUCUGUGUUGAGCAGUCAUACGCUUGUACUUUGUUUUGGGGGUUUUUUUAUCUGAAAAAAAGAUUUCAUAUCUGCAACAUUUUCUCCCAGUUUUGAUUUUAUUUCCCCCCGUUUGAAUGUUUGAGUCAGCAAGCGUGCCACAUUUAAAUGAAUGCUAUUUAUUUGUGUUGUGUAGAAGGGUUCUUGUACAGAAAUGGCAUGUUUGUUUACUAAUGUUAUCGGAGGGAAGCUGAUGGGUAGUUUCACUGCUAAACUCUAUGGAAAUUUAUUUUAAUGCCACUUCAAAAUCAAGACAAUGCUGCCAACUUGAAUUACUGAAAGAAUGUUAAAAAUAAAAAUAUUUCUGUACUGAGAUAAUCAAUUAAAUGAUCAUAUCUUGUA